GGGUCCUGGCGGAAGCGCGGAGACGCCCCUCGGGAGCAUGGCGGGUCUGUCUAGAGCGCCGCAGCAAUGGGCCACUUUUGCCCGAGUUUGGUAUCUCUUAGAUGGGAAAAUGCAGCCCCCUGGCAAGCUUGCUGCCCUGGCAUCGGUUAGACUUCAAGGAUUGCAUAAGCCUGUGUACCAUCAACUGAGUGACUGUGGGGAUCAUGUUGUCAUCAUGAACACAAGGCACAUUGCAUUUUCUGGAAACAAAUGGGAGCAAAAAGUAUACUCCUCACAUACUGGCUACCCAGGUGGGUUUAAACAAGUAACAGCUGCUCAGCUUCACCGGAAGGAUCCAGUCGCGAUUGUAAAACUAGCUAUUUAUGGCAUGCUGCCAAAAAACCUUCACAGAAGAACUCUGAUGCAGAGAUUGCAUCUUUUCCCAGAUGAAGAUAUACCAGAAGAUAUUCUUAAGAAUUUAACAGAAGAGCUUCCUCAACCACGAAAAGUGCCCAGACGUCUAGAUGAGUACACACAAGAAGAAAUAGAGGCUUUUCCAAGAGUUUGGUCUCCACCUGAGGAUUAUCGGCUGUAGGAGGAAGAAAAUUUCAGAAAAUAAUGGUGUGGUGCUUGAAACUCCUUCCUCAGGGCAGGAUGAAGCAACAGCUGCCUUCUGACAGGAAACCUGCUCUGGGAGCUGAAAGUUUGUGGGGAAAGGUUGGGAAGGGAUAUUCCUCCAUUAGGAAAUUGCAGUAAAAUGUUACUUUAUAGAACUGUUUUAAAAUUGUGUAAUGCAAUUUGAAUGUUGGAAAUGGUAAGUAAAACUGCCCCUUAC